GGUGCUGUGCGGACGUGUGGUGGCUUUCGUGCUCCGUGGUCCGCUGUGCUGCGGUGUCUGGCGGCAGCGAUGUCGCGGAACCUGCCCAGCGACCUGGAGGGGCUGCUGGUGAGCGGGGAGGGCGCCGACGUGACGCUGGUGGCCGGCGCCUCGCAGCUGCCCGCGCACCGCACCGUGCUGGCGGCUCGCAGCCCCGUCUUCGCAGCCAUGUUGCGUCACCCUACACUCGAGGCGAGCAGCGGCCGUGUCCACAUUCCUGACGUAUCCGAGCCUGUGCUGGGCCAGCUGCUCGCCUUCGCCUACACGGACGAGGCGCCAGCGAUGGCGACCAUGGCGCACGACCUUCUCGCGGCGGCUGACAAGUACGACGUGGCGCUGCUCAAGAAGAGGUGCGAGCUGCAGCUGGCGAGUGACUUGUGCGUAGAGAGUGCGGCAAAAACCGCCGUGCUCGCCGUGCUGCACUCGUGUCCUCUGCUACGCGAGACGGCCGCCGCCUUCAUUAGGAGCCACCCCGUGCAGGUCAUGGGCACCCGCGGCUGGGAGGAGGCGCUGCGGAACCACCCGCAAAUACUCAUCGAAGUCUGUCGACACGUCGCAUCGACGACGUCAGCCAACAGGUCGGCGCGUGAAGCGCAGGAGUCGUCGGACAGGAUGCCGCAGCUGCACGAGGCGGCGAUCCGAGGCAGCGCGGAAGACGUGCGGAGACUGCUGGCAGCGGGCGCGCCGGUGGACGCGCGGAACGCGGCGGGCUGGACGGCGCUGCACUGCGCGGCGGCGCUGGGCCACGACCUGGUCGUGGCGAGUCUGCUGCGCGCCGGGGCCGACGUGGACGCGCGGGACCGCUGCGGGGACACGCCGCUGCACAAGGCGGCCUGGAUGCGGCGCGUCUCGCCCGCCUGCUUGCUGGCGGCCGCACACGCACACCUCGACGCACCGGGGGCGUCCGGCGGCACACCGCUGCACUGCGCCGCGCAGCUGGGCCACGCGGAAGUGGUGCGCGCACUGCUGCAGCUCGGUGCCGACCCCACCGCCACCGACCACUCCGGCAAGACGCCGUUCGACCUGGCCAAGCGCUACGGCAGAAGCGAAGUCGUCAACAUCCUCACAUAG